AUGACGAGCGCCUCCUCGACGGCCUAUGGCACGUCCUCCUUAGCGACCGACGAGCGCCUGAGCGCCCGCGCCGCCCGCCGCCGCGUCGUACUCAAGUGGACGCUCCUGUGCGUCAGCGUCUGCGGCCUCUGCGCCGUCGCCGCGCUCGUCGGCGUCUCGAGAGGCCCCACCACCGACGCGUCCGUUGCGUCCGUCCAGUCGACGCCGUCCCCCGCAGCGGCUCCUGCGGCUCGGGACGCCGCGUCGGACCUCUCGUGUGUCCAGAGCGCGUACGCAGACAACGCGACGGAUAUGAUGGCGCCCGUUGUGGGGCUCAAGUGGACGCCGCACGGGCCGUCGACCGCUGCGUCGGUCGUGACAGUGGACGUGACGCGGCAGUUCCAGCGGAUAUUGGGCUUUGGCGGCGCGUUCACGGAGGCAGCGGCGCUGCAGUUCGACCGACUGUCGCCCGAGAAACAGGACGAGGUGCUGACGCUCUACUUUGACCCGGAGAGAGGCAGCGCCUACACGUUUGGCCGCGUGCCCAUGGGCUCGUCCGACUUUUCGCGGGCGUCGUACACCUUUGACGACGUCGUGAACGACUCGGAGCUCGUGCACUUUGACGAGAACGUGACGCACGACCAGCACGUGCUGGUCCCGUUCCUUCGGCGCGCGCUCGCGCGACAGCCAGCGCUCAAGCUGUUCCUCGCGCCCUGGAGCCCCCCGGCCUGGAUGAAGCGCACGACGCUCGACUUCCCAGUGCCCAGCAUGCUGGACUCGGCCAAGCCCAUUGGCCUGAAAGACGACGCUCGGGCGACGUGGGCGCUGUACUUUUCCAAGUUCAUCACGGCGUACAAGAGACACGGCAUUGCGUUCUGGGGCCUCACGCCUCAGAACGAGCCACAGGCAGAGGUGCCGUGGGAGUCGUGCAUGUACACAGCCGAGUACCAGGCCGAGUUCAUUGGGAACUUCCUUGGACCGACGCUGAAGCGGGACCAUCCCGGUCUGGUGCUCAUGGUGUUUGACCACAAUCGCGGCAGUGUCCAUCAGUGGGCGACAGAGAUAUACAACCACCCUACUGCUGCUCAGUACGUGGAUGGCAUGGCGUUCCACUGGUACGACGAGCAGCGCUACAUGGAUGGCGUCGAGUACCACGAGCGUCUGAACGACACGCACUUUGUGGAUGAAAACCGCUUCAUGCUGGCGACAGAGAGCUGCAACUGUCCCGGUGUGGGGCACGGCGACCUCGCGUGGUUCCGUGCGCAGCGGUACGGACACGACAUCAUGACGGAUCUGAACAACUACGUGGCUGGAUGGGUCGACUGGAACUUGCUGCUCGAUCACGAAGGGGGGCCCAAUCACUUGGCCAACAUGUGCGAUGCUCCUAUCAUUCUGACCGAGGAUGGAACAGACUUCUACAUCCAGCCCAUGUACUACUUCAUCCAGCACUUCUCCAAGUUUAUUCCUGUGGGCUCACGCCGCGUUGAAACGCAAGUGGCAGCAAAGUUUGCGCGUCCGGGUGAUCCGCAACUGUUCGUGGACUAUCCGUCGAUGCUGGCAGCUUGCGAUGGCAGCUCGCGUCAACAGUUGCGGCCGACGGACGAUGGCAAGCUGGAAGUGACUGGCACGGGCUUUUGCAUCGAUCUGAAGGAGAUCCCGUGGCAGGGACAUCAAGGACUGCUCGUGGAGUGCAGAUACACGCAGCAGCAUUGGACGUAUGAAAUGGACACCGGCCGCAUUCGCAUGGGCGAUUACUGCAUCUCACUGAACCACGGGUCCACGGAGAACGGCGUGCGCAUCAGCACCGACUUGUGCGAACACGAGGUCGUGCCGCACCAGCAGUGGAGAUUUGACGCGGAAGACGGCACCAUGCGGUCCUUUGCGUCGACGACGGACCAGUGCGUGACUGCCGGGUAUGCGUUUGUGCAGGCCGCUGCCUUUGUGACUCCGGAGAACCGGAAGGUGCUUGUCGUGAUGAAUGAGAACACGGAGCCGGUCGACUUUGAGCUGCAGGUUGGCGGCAAGGCGCUGGAGACGACGGUGCCUCGCGGAGCCAUUCGGACGUUCACGUGGGAGUGA